AUGUCGUCCCGCCGAUGGAUGAAAGGCACUCUGGAUGCACCGGGGAAGCUUGGCCGCCAGUUCAUCUGCACUCAAUGCGCAUCAGUUCUACGACGCAGUCUGAGCCGGCCUAUCGAUGCAUCUCCAGGCUUCACAUACUCUGCAAGACUCAAUCGCAAUGUGUAUUUGGGCUCCCGUGUUGGACGAUCGUUCUACUCGACGGAUAAGGCCUCUUCUUCUCCCGACAGCUCCCACAUAGAUGAUCACACGAGACAGCUCAUCGAACAAGACCUUAAACGAACGGAUGACAUCCGGACCUACCUUCGAAAAUGGAUAGAGAAGCGACCCAGACCUAUGGAUCCUAUCAUGGACUUCAGCGAUGUAAAACACUCAUCGGCGCCGCUGCCCGGUAGCAUGUUUUUAGACGAGGUGAUCUUUCAAGAUAAACGCCCGGAAUUGUUGGACAUAGGUAGAUCUACGGAUUUAGAGAAUGACCCCUCUCCGUUUCUACGUCCUGGCGAUCUGGUACAAUUACAACAUCAAGGCGGCUUUUACCCCGGUCAGUUGGCCGUUUAUCUGCGUACCGUGGACGGGCAACAGCAAUUUUACACCACUAGAGGGAAAUGGCGGAUUGCUCGGCCUUCGGAAGUCACUUUCAUCACGAAGCAUCGUUUUCCUUUGGAACUACUGCUACCAAUAUUCCCAUAUCUACCGACUUCGGCCGUUGCAAAAGGAGCUAUGCCCCAAGUAGCCACGGAAGGAGGGGUGCCACGCCAUAUCGGGGCCGCUUUACUCACUCUAAUCCUUGAAUUCGAGACGGCGGUCUCCGCGAUGUAUGCAGAAAACUCCGGCAUUCUACAUUCCGUACAUGAGCGCCUUGCAAAGGAGACAGAGCCUGUUAUGUUGACGCUUGAACAAAUUGCCACCCAGCUCUUUGGACGAGAUCCAGACACUCUCACAAUACCUGAGCGAUACGCAAUACAUUUAGCGGUUGACCAAAAUCCGGUUUCUAUAAUUGUGAACCAGAGCCUAUCUGUUGUCGAAUCGUAUACUUUCCGUCCUAAGGUGCAGGCAAAUCUUAUCAAUCGUGUAAUAAAAUGGAUGCGAGAUUAUCAGUUCCCUAAGGAUCCCGAUGCGAACCAAAAGGCAAUCAACACCUCUAACCGCAACCCUAUUGGCCUAUUUAUCAAAAACUCUCGGCGGCGAAUUCAACGAAGCCGUAUGUCUCGAACGCCGACGCAUUCAUUUAGCCUUAGCCCAAGAUCAGACGCGGCCUGCAAUUCGGAAAAUCAAGAGGACCAACAGAAAGAGCCCUCGAAGCCCUCCGCUGAGCCAUUUUCAGAAACAGAUAGAGAUAUAAUUGAAUUUCUGAGGCUUUGGGUUCUGCCGCCGCAAGUCAGGCGUGAUUUCACACUUCGAAGCACAGGGUCCUUUAUCCUUUUCCAUCUUGGACUGUAUGGAAAUUUUAACCUCAACGAGGCGACAGGAUACUUGGCUUUGCAGGAACUUGGUGUCCUAACUCCUUGGGAAAAUAUUCAUGUCCUCAAUGAGCAGGUUGCCUUGCCUGGACAUGGCGUUUCCACGAUUUCUGAUGCUAUAGUUGAUGAGUGCAAUCGCUUCUGUGAAUCAGCUAGCAGCACAGACACCCUAGUUGAUUCCAUGAAGGAUUUUCGAAAAGACUGGGGUGAUAUGCCAGUAUUUUGUGUCGACAGCGCGUCCGCUGCAGAAAUCGACGAUGGUUUCUCUCUUGAGUCGAUUCCAGGCUCAUCGGACACCUAUUGGAUCCACAUUCACGUCGCUAACCCAUCUGCAUUCAUACCUCAUGACCACAUACUUGCGAAAGGGGCUGCCCAUUUCAAGCGCUCUUUUUACGCACCAGAGCGAGUGUACCCGAUGUUUCCACCAAGCCUUACUCACGAUAAGUUUAGUCUUGGACCAAAUAAACCAACGAUAACGUUUAGCGCCGUCAUUAACAUGAGCGGAGUGAUACUUGAUACCAAAAUAAGCCAUGGCCGCAUUAACAAUGUGAUAUACAUUACACCAAACAGACUACGAAAACUCUUUGGUAUCGAUGACAGCCAUAACCCUUCAAUUUCCCUGGAAGUUGGUGGUGUCCCCAAAGGCCCGGUACGUCCCGAGCUGCAGGACCACAUCUCAGAGGAGCACCGGGUGAUUCUUGAGACCAUGGAGAGAUUGCUUGCUGGUAGACGGGACCAGCGUAUGAAAAAGGGUGCUAUAGAGUUUCUUUCGAACCACGCAUCGUCACCACUUGUUUCUGGAGAUGGAGUGGGUAUUCGCUCCUACGUAGGGGAUAUUUUGGGAUACCAUGACUACGACGAUGAUCCCAGAAUUGGAAUUAGUGGGCAGAUUAUGCAAUCGGAUGGAUCACUAGAAGCGACGAAAACUGAUCUCGUCUCACACGCUAUGCUUCUAGGCGGGGAAAUUGCCGCUCAGUGGUGCAAAGAGCGUAAUAUUCCCGUGAUAUUUUCCGCUGCAGCCCACAGGCCGGACAACCUCGUUACUGUUGACCGGGAUGAUUCCGCGCCUGGGUUAUCACCUUACAGUCAACUCCCUAGGGCAUUUGCCUCUUCAAAGCCAACUCCUCAUGCCACUCUGGGCAUGGAUCAAUAUAGCAAAUGCACAUCACCUCUUAGGCGUUACUCUGACUUGAUUGUCCAUUGGCAAGUCGAGGCAGCUCUACGUCAUGAAGCUAGGCAACAUGAAACAGAGAAAAACAAUGAAAGUCUCUCUGAUAUAGAUGAAUCUGUCCUUCCAUUUUCACGAAAGGCCGUUAAGGCAAUUAUCAAGCGCUCAAACUGGCAGAACAAAGUUGCAGACCGUGCUCAAACACUCUCACGAGAAUUUUGGAUUCUUCAAGCCUUAUUCCGGGCCCAUUAUUUCGGUAAGACUGAUAUACCAGAGACAUUCCAAUGCAUUAUUGUCAACCAGCUCGCGGAAAAUUCAUCUCUCGACACCGAGCUAGGCGAGGUACAAUACACAGCCAACCUACUUCCUUUCCGCGUCCGCUGUGUUGUGACGGCAGACAAAAAUUGCCAAGCGUUCCGAUCAGGCGAUUUAGUUGAGGCAAGCAUUUCCAGCAUCAACCUUUAUGCCGUAUUCCUUGACCUCCAAGCUACACGUCUUAUCAGCCGCCCUGAAGCAUCAAGGGCGACUGUACCUCUUGGAUUUAUCCAUCGACACCAUUAA